CAGAGCCUCAUGAUUUGGUUGCUUGUCCCGCUUCUGCUGUGCUUUUGCUGCCCAGGCAGCGCCUCAAACGACACCAUUGCAGACCUUGAAGAUCUCUCGUCGACACAACACGAAGAUCUCUCUGCGACGAAGUCCCUGCUGGAGUCGUUGAGCACCUGCUUGGUCACAACAGUCCUCGACAAUGCGUCAUUCGCCUGUCCGUCAGCAUCUUUGGGCUCUUCUUCUCUAUUCUUGCUGGCGCACAUCAGGUUGGAUGGCAGCACUGGCGUGGAGCGGCUGCGCCAGUUGGUGGACAAACAGAUGAUACUCAUGCGGACACCUGACGAUAGAUAUGCCGGGGGCCCCGUGGCUGUGGAUGCUUAUCUCUCCGACGGGUCACAUGUGGCACUGAAGCUCCUUAAUGAGGGGCUGGCCGUGCGGACGGACGACGUGCCGGUGGAUGACAUACUUGUGAGCACCAACAGUCGGUUCCCAUGCCCUCAUUCUCGUGUCCUCGUGUGUGUUGGUGUGUCAUUGUCAGGGGGCAAAGGCGCGUCAGGGGAAGGAGAGUGUCUAUGAAGCUCUGUCGGCUGUCUUGGCGCAGGACGACGCACAGCAGAGAAAGAGCCUCUUCACUUUGCAGCGCUUUCUGUUGCUCAUGCCAGCAGCCUGCGCUGUGGCGGCUCUCGUCUCGUUCCUAAGAUACCGCACCCUCAACCGAGCAGUCAGCAGGGACCAAUGUGUGUCUGCUGCUGAGUUCAGCAAGCCAAGGAAAGUACGUCAGAUGGCCAAGCUGAAAGAGAGACGGCGGGCAAUGAAGGCAGAGGGCCAGGCAGGGCAGCGAAUGGCGGGAGAGUGAGGG